CUCAGAAGAGGUGGAGCUCAUCCUGUGUGGGAGUGCCAGGAUGUGCGAGGUUAUAAAUAAAAGCUAUAAAGCCACAGAGGCUGCAGCUCUUCACCACAGCUGGGUUUCACUGGAACACCACAGAGGGCACAUCUGCACAUUUCACCGACUAACUAAAGAACAUUUGCCUCCCUUAACGGAUUAAGACAGGACCUCUUUCCUGACAUCCAGUAUGAGUGGUUUGACAGAAUGGAUUCUGGAGAAUAAGGACAAGAUUGAAAAGGGCGUGGAGAUCCUAGGCCAAGGCUGUGAGAUCCUGGCAAACACUGUAGGCCAGUUCCAUCCCGUCCUGGAGGCAGUUUUUAUGGUCUCAGCUGAGCUCCUCAGCAACCCAGAGGGCAAAGAGGCUAAGUAUCUUGCUGAACAGUUUGAAAGUGUCAACCAGAAGUUGGAAAAGGUCCAGGGUGAGAUUAAAGAAACAGAGCUGGUGCUGCAGCGAUCAUCGUUGAACCUCCAGAACUUUAAGUUCUACACACAGAUAAUCAACCAGUAUGAAAUGUUUAAAUAUAUUUUCACAGCCAAACCCAAGUUUAAGAAGUUGAAGAUAGACGAGUUCCUCCUCUACUUUGAGGAAUAUGAGGAAGACAAGAACCUUGAUUGCUUGUACGAUGCCGUCACUAAAGAGAACACCUCUGGACAUGCAAUGCUGGACACGAUACUGAUCACUGAGCAGCGGAGCAGGAGGGCAGUGGAGGAAUUCUGUGCUUGCCUGAAGAAGGUGUUUGUGGUUGGGAUCAUAGCAUUGAUGGGCUACACUGCAUUAAAGGAAGGGACUGUUGGAGAGGAUAUGGUGAAGAAAUGGCAAGAACGCAUGGAGGACGUGGAGAAGCGCAUGAAGGCGGCAGUGGAUGAAUGUGUGAACAACUUCGCUGAGCAAGCCGAGAUUGACAUAGAUCAGAAGCUCAAGGAGAAGCAGAGCAGUGUCGACCCUGAGUUUACUGAAUUCCUACUGGAUGCCCUUGUCAAGAAGUACGACUGGGUCUCGUGGUCAGUCAGGGUGUUUAAAGAUGAUGACAGCAAACUUGGGAGAUUUCUGUUUGGCAAGCGGCACCGUGUAAAUGGUGGAAAUGUCAAUUAUUUUGAGCAUUUGUGCAAUAAUAAAAUAAGAAUUGUGGUAUCUUUCACUGCAGACCCUAAACCACUCAACAAGAGCCAGAUAAAAGAUCAAAUAGAGAAAGAGAAAGGUGAUAUGAAAUCUGUGGCUGAGUCUCUGUGCAAGAGUCUUCCCAACUGCCUUGUGCAUGCUGUCAGUCGCUCUAACAGAGUGGAGGAAGCCAAUAAUUUCAACCCCGAGCACUUUUAUUAUAUUUCUCACAAAAUAGCAUACAUUUGUAUCCACUCAGAAUAAUAUAAUUUAGAUCAAACUAAAUAUAUUGAUGGCAGAGUCUACACUAUUUGCUCAAUUUGGAUUCUCCAGGCUCCUAUUAAUUAAUGGAUUCUACGUUUUUACAAAACGUUAUGAUUGUUGUUGUCUUUGUUGCUGUUGUUUUCAUAGCACUUGAUUAUGGAAACAUUACAGAAAAGCACUAAGGUUUGACAGGUACACAUUAGGCUCUAAAGAAGGAAAAAUGGGUUGAAAAGAAGUUUGAUAUUGUUUCAAUGUUCAUACAUUAUAUUAACCCCUAUAUAAAUAAAUAAACCUAAGGUUUAGUAAACCUAUUCCCAGCUCGUGACCUAUUAUUUCUGAUACACCUAAUGUACACACUGUUUACAUUCACAGCAUUUUUAUCAUUAUAUUGUUAUAUCUUUUUGCACUACCUGUCACAUCUGACACUUACUCACAAACGAACUGGUCAGCGCUGCACUGUCUCUUACUGUGCCUAUUGUCCUGUUUUAGUAAUUAUUGUACUGUCUUGUGCUGUUUGCACACGUGCACUUUAUGUAGUCCUGUGUAGGUCUUAUUGAGUUCUGUGUUGUCUCAUGUACUUCUGUGUUGUUUUAUGUAGCACCAUGGUCCUGGAGGAACGUUCUUUUGUUUCACUGUGUACUGCACCAGCUGUAUAUGGUUAAAAUGACAAUAAAGCCAACUGACUUGACCAGAA